UAAAAGCCCCAGGAAUCAGCAAUAUGGCUAAUGGAAACCUACUAAGCACCACAAUCAUCUUGAGUGUUGUACUAACUUAUCUCCUCUCUCCCCCUCAGAGGUGGAGAAGGACCUGGCUAAACUGGCAGAAGUGGGUAAAAUGACGAGUCGUAUCUCCAACAAUCCUCUCUCUCUGCACCACACCCCCUUCCUCCCCCCGAUAAACCCCCCCCACCGCCAACUCCCCGACACCCUGCCCCUCACCAUGGGCCGGACUCCAUCUCCUAGCAACCUUAGCAGCAGGAGUACAACUCCCAGAACCCCCAGGACUCCCAUAACUCCCAACAGCCUGCUGAGGCGCUCCAGUUUUGACCGAGGAGCCCAUAAAGAGGUGACCUUCAGGAGGUCAAGGAGCCGCCCUGUGACCCCCACCUGCCUGCCGGCCAGACCCCGACCCCUGCUGACCCCCCCGGGACUCAGCACCACCGACAGCCUGGGGGCCAGCCUGAGGGCGUACCUGUCAGAGGAUGAGUUUUACCAGCAGCUCCAAGCCAUCCGGCAGCCGUGGAAUAUUCCCAGCGACACGGAGAGCGACGUCCUGGAUCCUCCUGAGCAGGACAACAGUGGUGCUCGAGAUGCCAAAAAGAGGUCAUUGUUUUCAGGUCUAUAGUGACGAACUCCAGAGGCUCUGAUCCAAACUAUUAUGCAAACCGCUGGACCUUUUCAAUAUGUGUACAGAGACAAUUAUUUUUAUACUUCAUACUGAAAAAAGAUUGUAUACUUUUUUCACAGAUAUUUCAUAAACAUUGUACUGUACGAUAAAAACUGUCCAAAUAUAACUCCAGAGUACGGAUAUUACAUUUAUUUUUGUUUGCUCUUUAGCAUGCUAUUGCACUGUUACACACAACAGACUGAAUGCUGUUAUAUUAAAAUGAUUUGGUGCACACGUCUUGAUUAUUUCUGUACUUUCUUUUACUGUAGUUUUAUUUUGUGAUGGACA